AGAGAGAGAGAGAGAGAGAGAGAGAGAGAAAAGCAAACAUCGUUGGAAGGGCAGAAAGAGGGAAAAUAGAGGGCAAGUGGGAAGGGGCUCGAUCCGGAGCAGAUCCCCAAGCAGGGGGAAGAAGAGAAGAAAGUAGAGGCGAGGAGGAGUCCAAAGCUGGCAGAUCGGAAGGAUUUGCAGGGGAGAAGGGGGGGGAAGAUUGGAAAUGCAGCCCUGGAGUUUGCUCCUGCCUCUCGGGCUCCUCUGUACGGCCCUGGCCAGCGGACCCGAGUGUGUGAUGGACGAACGGUCCCGCAGGGCGAGAAGGGACGCCCGGCCCGGCCGCCCCCUCCGCCUCACCGCCCCGGGCACCUGUGCCACUAGGCUAGCCCGGGGCAGGCGCUCGGUAGCCGGGCUGGAAGGUCCGCGCGUCCCCCGCAGGAGGCAGCAGCGGGAGGUGCGGGGCCAGCGGGACUCCCUCAUCCCAAACCGGGCGCUCUAUUUCAGAGGACGAGGCGAUCAGCUGCGGCUGAAAGCGGAUAUCGAACUGCCCAGGGACGCCUUCACUUUACAAGCCUGGCUGCGAGCCGAGGGAGGACAGAGAUCGCCAGCUGUCAUCGCAGGACUCUAUGACAAGUGCUCUUACACCUCUCGUGACCGAGGCUGGGUUCUGGGGAUUCACACCACCAGUGAUCAGAGGAAUAGAGAUCCCCGCUAUUUCUUCUCACUGAAGACAGACCGUGCCCGCAAAGUGACCACCAUCAAUGCUCAUAGCAGCUACCUCCCCAACCAGUGGGUUCACCUAGCUGCCACCUACGAUGGGCGCCAGAUGAAACUCUAUGUGAAUGGUGCCCAGGUGGCCACCAGCACGGAGCAAGUAGGUGGCAUCUUCAGCCCCUUGACCUUGAAGUGUAAAGUCCUCAUGAUUGGCGGGAAUGCCCUGAACCAGAACUAUCGAGGUUAUCUAGAACACCUGAGUCUUUGGAAGAUGGCUCGAUCUCAGAAAGAGAUCUUGAUGGACAUGGGACAGGCCAUCCAUGGGCUAAACACCCCUCUACCUCAGUUAGUCCUUCAGGAGAGCUUGGAGAAUGUGAAAACCACAUGGUCUCCCAUGAAGGAUGGCACCAGUCCUCAGGUAGAACUCAGCUACCACCACAGCUUCUUGUUGGAUACUAGCCUAGAGCCUCCUCUCUGCGGGCAGACCUUGUGUGACAACACAGAGGUGAUCGCCAGUUACAACCAACUUCCAAGCUUCCGUGGCCACAAGUUGGUGCGCUACCGAGUGGUGAAUCUAUAUGAUGACUUCCACCAGAAUCCCACAGUCAGCCAGCAGCAGAUAGCCUUCCAGCACCAGCACCUGACUGAGGCCUUUGAACGUUACAACAUCACAUGGCAGCUCGAGGUGCUGGAGGUGAAGAACUCCUCCUUGCGCCACCGCCUCAUCCUGGCGAACUGUGACAUCAGCAAGAUUGGGGAUGAGAGCUGUGACCCUGAAUGCAAUCAUACCUUGACGGGUUUUGAUGGUGGGGACUGUAGGUAUGUCAACCACGCCACCUUCAACAAGAAGAAGCAGAACGGCGUAUGUGACAUGGAUUGUAACUACGAAAGAUAUAACUUUGAUGGCGGGGAGUGCUGUAACCCUGAGAUUUCCGAUGUUACCAAGACAUGUUUUGACCCAGAUUCUCCAUACAGAGCUUAUUUAGAUGUCAACGAAUUGAAGAACAUACUCAAACUAGAUGGAUCUACACACCUCAACAUCUUCUUUGCAAACUCCUCUGAGGAGGAGUUGGCAGGAGUAGCAACCUGGCCUUGGGACAAGGAGGCCCUUAUGCAUUUAGGAGGCAUUGUGCUGAACCCAUCGUUCUAUGGUAUCCCUGGCCACACACACACAAUGAUCCAUGAGAUUGGCCACAGCCUGGGCCUCUACCACGUUUUCCGGGGCAUCUCAGAAAUCCAGUCCUGCAGUGACCCGUGCAUGGAGACAGAACCUUCCUUCGAGACUGGAGAUCUGUGCAGUGACACCAAUCCGGCACCAAAACACAAGCUCUGUGGAGACCCUGGGCCAGGGAAUGACACUUGCGGCUUUCAUAGCUUCCUCAACACCCCUUUCAACAACUUCAUGAGCUAUGCAGAUGAUGACUGUACUGAUUCCUUCACGCCCAAUCAAGUCGCGAGAAUGCACUGCUAUUUGGAUCUGGUGUAUCAAAGCUGGCAGCCGGCCAAGAAGCCUGCACCCAUUGCCCUAGCCCCGCAGAUUGUCGAUCGGAUACCAACGUCAGUCACCCUGGAGUGGUUCCCGCCCAUCGAUGGCCAUUUCUUUGAAAGAGAAGUGGGAUCAGCAUGUGACCAUUGUCUGGAAGGAAGAGUCCUGGUUCAGUAUGCCUUCAAUGCCUCAUCACCCAUGCCAUGUGAUCCUUCGGGGCACUGGAGCCCACGAGAAGCCGAAGGCCACCCAGAUGUGGAGCAGCCUUGCAAAUCCAGCGUUCGGACCUGGAGUCCGAAUUCCGCCGUCAACCCACACACAGUGCCCCCAGCCUGCCCAGAGCCCCAGGGCUGCUACCUGGAGUUGGAAUUCCACUACCCCUUGAUUCCUGAGUCUCUCACCAUCUGGGUGACAUUCAUCUCUUCAGACUGGGACACUAUCGGGGCCGUGAAUGACAUCAAACUGCUGACGGUCAGUGGGAGAAACCUUUCCCUGGGGCCCCAGAGUGUCUUCUGUGACAUCCCACUGACCAUCAGGCUCCAGGACAUAGGAGAGGAAGUGCAUGGCAUCCAGAUCUACACCCUCGAUGAGCACUUGGAGAUUGAUGCCGCCAUGCUGAGCUCAGUCCCAGACAGCCCACUGUGCACAAGCUGCAGGCCCAUCAAAUACAAGGUUCUGCGAGAGCCGCCUUUCGCAACCGGCUCACCAUUCAUCAUUUCGAAUCUUAACAGGAGAUAUGUAGACACGGAGCUGAGAAUUGGGAGUGAGUACAAGUAUCAGGUUGUCACCAUUUCUGGGUCAGAGGAAAGUGAGCCAUCUCCCACAGCCAUUUAUGUUCAUGGAAGUGGAUACUGUGGAGAUGGCGUUAUACAGACAGAUCGUGGAGAAGAAUGUGAUGAUAAGAACAAGAUCAACGGGGAUGGCUGUUCUCUCUUUUGCAGACAAGAACUGUCCUUCAAUUGCAUUGAUGAACCCAGCAGAUGCUAUUUCCAUGACGGUGAUGGGGUCUGUGAAGAAUUUGAGCAAAUGACCAGCAUUAAAGACUGUGGUGUCUACACGCCAAAAGGGUUUUUAGACCAGUGGGCAUCAAAUACUUCAGUCUCUCAUCAAAGUGACCAACAAUGUCCAGGGUGGGUGGUGAUCGGCCAGCCAGCAGCAACACAGGUGUGCCGAACCAAGGUGAUGGAUUUGAGCGAUGGCGUAUCGCAGUAUGCUUGGUAUCCAUGCACAGCUAACUACCAGUAUUCCCAUAUGACUCAGUCUAUUUUCUGGCUCAAGGCUUACUUCUCACAGCCAAUGGUAGCCGCUGCUGUCAUUGUCCACUUGGUCACGGAUGGAACUGACUAUCUGGAUCAGAAACAGGAAACCAUCAGUGUCCAGCUGUUGGACACUAAAGACCAAAGUCAUGAUCUGGGUGUCCACGUUCUGAGCUGCAGGAACAAUCCCCUAAUUAUCCCAGUGAUUCAUGACCUCAGCCACCCCUUCUACCACAGCCAGGCCGUCCUCGUGAGCUUCAGCUCCCAGCUCGUGGCCAUCUCCGGUGUGGCCCUGCGCUCCUUCUACAACUUUGACCCCAUCACCAUCAGCAGCUGUCAGAGAGGGGAGACCUACAGCCCAACCGAGCAGAGCUGUGUCCACUUUUCUUGUGAAGCUACUGACUGCCAAGAGCUGGAUAUCGAGAAUGCCUCUCUGAACUGUACCAACAGUGGCCCCUCCAAUGGUGCACAGUGCACUGUCAUGUGCAAAAAGGGGUACUCCCUUCAAAUACAGCGAGAUGACGAUCUCAUCAAGAGCCAGUUGGGCUCCAGCAUCACCAUGACGUGCACAGAUGGGAAAUGGAACAAGCAGGUGGCCUGUGAGCCUGUGGACUGUGGGAUCCCAGAUCAGUACCACGUCUACCCCGCUACGUUCUCCUGCCUCGAAGGCACCACUUUCGGCAAGAAGUGCUCCUUCCAGUGUCGCCGCCCAGCCCAGCUGAAAGGAAACAACAGUUUUCUGACUUGUAUGGAAGAUGGACUGUGGUCCUUUCCAGAGGCCCUCUGUGAACUCAUGUGCCUGGCUCCACCUCUCGUCCCCAACGCAGAGCUGCAAACCGCCCGUUGCCGUGAAGACAAGCACAAAGUGGGCUCCUUUUGCAAGUACAAAUGCAAGCCAGGGUACCAUGUUCCCGGAGCCUCACGCAAGUCCAAAAAGCGGGCCUUUAAGACUCAAUGUACCCAAGAUGGCAGCUGGCUGGAGGGAACUUGUGUCCCUGUCACCUGUGACCCACCACCCCCUAAAUUCCACGGACUGUAUCAGUGCACCAAUGGGUUCCAGUUCAACAGUGAAUGCAGGAUCAAGUGUGAAGAAAGUGACAGCCAAUUGGGCCGUGCUGCCAAUGUCAUUCACUGCCGGAAGGAUGGCACCUGGAGCGGUUCCUUUCACGUUUGCAAGGAGAUGCAGGGCCAGUGCUCCCUUCCCAACCAACUAAACAGCAACCUCAAGCUGCAGUGCCUGGAUGGAUAUGGAAUAGGGGCUGAAUGUGCCACCUCGUGUCUGGAUCACAAUAGUGAGUCCAUCAUCCUGCCUGUGAACAUGACUUUCCGAGACAUCCCACACUCGAUGAAUCCAAUGCGCGUCGAGAGAGUUGUCUGCACUGCAGGACUCAAGUGGUAUCCUCAUCCAGCGCUGAUUCACUGUGUCAAAGGCUGUGAGCCCUUCAUGGGAGAUAACUACUGUGAUGCCAUCAACAACCGAGCCUUCUGUAAUUACGAUGGAGGUGACUGCUGUGCCUCAACCGUCAAGACCAAAAAGGUUACACCUUUCCCUAUGUCGUGUGACCUUCAGGGGGAGUGUGCUUGCCGUGACCCCAAAGCCCAGGAGCACAAUCGAAAGGAUCUGCAAGGCUACACACAAGGCUAGUCGAGGGUGAAGAGGAGGAGGCAAAGACCAUACAGCCAAAGGCAGGCUCAGAAAGACACCACAUCCCUUUUGGUAUUGUUUUUAUUGUUAGCUGCUCAACUGAAUGGCAUCUCUGCACCAGGGACCCUUAGAAUUCAACCAGUCUGCCUUUACUUUUACCCAAGGAGCACUCAAAGUGGGGUUUCUAUAUUAACAAUAAUCAAAAUGACAAAAAAGGUCAAGUCAAGAAGAUGUUGAAGUAGCAAAAGAGCAUGUGUUGUGCAGUUGUGUGCCCACCUGAUUUCAACCAUUUGUAUCAGUUUAAGGUGACAAACAAGCUAUAUAGCUAUAUGAAGGUGUGGCUAUAUAUCACCAAGUGUAUACACCCACUCACAUUUAGCGUGCAUAUCACAAAGUUGAACAAGGGAGAGAUGCAAGCAAGAUCAUGCUUUCCUCUGCAGUCUUCAGCCAUGACACUUUCCACAGAAGAGUCUGAGCUCUCAGAGUCAAUGAAGCUGAUGCUGCCACCAAGAUGUUCCCUGUUUGGAGCAUUGGUGAAGGGAAGAAAGACUUCACCCUCUGACUGGGCCCUAAGGCAGGCCCUUGCCAAUGGAAGGGAUGGAGAAGGAAACUUUCUCUUUGGAGCAUCAGUGUUAGUCACAUCAGUAACACUCAGCACAGCCACCGUAUUCUUCCUGUUACCAGGCAAAAAGCUGUGUCCUCUCCUCCUCCUCCCACCAGCUCCACCAGUGGAGAAUCCCAGGGAGAUGGGGCCUACAGUCUGGGAUGAAAUGUAGGACAGGGGCUGACAAGAACUGAGGCUUGGCACGUAGAGAAAUGACUGAGCCAGUUCCUCAGGGUGUUGGAGGAUCAGAGGUGAGCGCACCUGGGGGAACCUGAGAGGCUUAUCCCACCCUCAACGCUUAUCAUUGAUGCAUGUCUGCUGCUGCUACUCCUGCUGCUGCUAUGUCCCAUCCAACAACUUCCCUUACUGUGUCAGCACAAGGUGAAAUCACCCCCCAAGCAACCAAACAAUCUGUCUUAUAGCUCACCUACAACCUGCCUUUCACCUCCUCUGGGGAUCCACUUAACCCUGGGUUAAAAAAAAUGGACAGCGUCAGCUUGAAGACCUCAGAACUGUUGCCUCAAUCUCAUAUUGGCUUUAAAAUGAAAAAAAAAGGUUCCAUCCUGUUACAUGUUGAGCAGAGCAAUUGAGCCAAUUCUGAUAGCAGUGUCUUUAAAGAGGCAAUGGAAGAUAGUUGAGGAGCAAGAGAAAUCCCCAAAUCAUACUAUAGACACUGACUGACAGCAAAGAUCACCAAGGACAGUGUUAGCAUUUAGAACAACAUUUGUCAGUAUUAAAUCUCCAGGAUCCUGGGGAUUGGAGUCAGGAACAAAUUUCAAGGAUUUUCAAAUAACUUUCUAAAUGGAAGAGCACUGAAGUCUUACCUUGUUCUGCCCCUUCCUUUUGCCCCACCUCCAGUUUUCCUUCCACCCAAGUAAACUGGACCUUUUCAAAUAGUUUGGCUAAAGUGGACUUUUCUUUCCACCCUUACAACAUUAAUCAAAUUCUGGAAUUGGCUUCUCACACAUUGCUCAGUUUCAAUGGAGUAAACACCAUCCAUAGCAUGGCCAACCACUGUCGCUGCUGUUUGAAAAUCUACUCCAAAUACAUCUGUAAAGACAGGCCAUAAAAGGCUGUGUUCAACCCAGUUUUUAUGUUCCUGAUGCUGAUGCUGAUGAUAGUGAUAAAGAUGAUGAUGAUGAUGAACCUUUGAACUCUAGUCUUCAUCAAAGUAACUUGGAAACUAUUUCCCCUGGGUCUAGUGCUGUUUUGGGCCAAGAGUCUUCAUAGCAUCAAGAGGCUCUUUUCCAUUCCACGAUGAAUUUCUAUGCUUUAAGGAACAGGAGGAAGUUGGGAGAAAAGAAUUCAGAUGUUUUGUGAUGGUUUCAGUUCUCUUUUCAUUUGAUUUUCUGAGCUUAUGCAUUACAGCUUAAGGAAGAUUCUAAUAUAAAGGCUAGGUAGUAUAGUUGAACAAGAAGGAUAUUGACCUCAAAAAAUUAGAAGAUAUUAGUUCUCUUACAGAAGGAAACUUCAGGUGGCUUAAGAGUCUGCAUGAAAGGAGAUGUAGAAAGCUUUCCUGUACACUACAGAGUGAUAUUCCUUGACAAAACAUUGCUCUUCUUGUCAUAUUCCAGAGCUCAGACUCCACCUUAAGCCCCCAUAUAGAUAAAGAUAACUAUUUUUUCUCUCCUCCCCCAGCUUAUUCCCCCAAGAGAGAGGCUAAGUCUAGCUACAAGAAGAAAGCAUAGUCAAACUAAACCAUCUGAAAGUUUCAUAAAAUGGCUGACUUUGGGGAAGCUAUCAAUCAAUCAAAGGUUUUUUUGAGUGCUUACUAUGUGUGGAGCACUGUACUAAGUGCUUGGGAGAGUGUAAUACAGCAGAAGCUGUCUAGACUCUGUGGUUACACUGCUGGCAGCCAUCAUAGAAUUAUUUCCCAACCCACUCCAGGGUUUUCUGCUACCAGUGAGGAAUGAGGUGUUCAAGUCAUCCCCACUCAGGCUAUGUUGUGAUUCAGAUCCUUGGUUGACAUGCCUGAUUUCUAACCCAUAAGCCUUCUGGGGGGUGGACUGGGGAUGAGGGAGGAAGGUCUAAAGGUCUCCAGGCUCCUUUCAUCUCUGCUGGGGGAAGUCUAUUUUAGUUCACUCUUAUCCCUGCUCUCUUUAUCCCUUCAUACUGAUCUCCCUAUGUGGCAGUGGCUCUAGGCCUGCUCAGAAGCAUCUGCUUCCUUUCACCUUGUUCACUAUUCACUAGACCUAGACUCAGCCCUGUCAGCAGUGUGAGGUGUCCCAGUCAACCAAUCAAUGGUAUUUACUGAACACCUACUAAGUGCAAAGUACUGCACUAAGCACUUGAGAGAGUGCA